AUGGUCAUUGAGUACGUGGAUACAGUGACUGUUCUUGAAUCCACUAAAGUUCCUGUGCCACUGCAGCUAGACAUAAUGACCCUAACGGUGACUAUUCGAGGAGAACUUGUAAACUAUCCUGAUAACAAUCACUAUCAGAAUCAGAGACUAGGCGGGCAAUGUCUUCCACUGCCAUAUCCCGAAUCCUACUGGCUGAGUAUCGCCACCGACUCAGUUACUCACUACUCACUGGGUGCUUAUAACCGCGAAGACAAGCUAGUUGGUGCUAUUGGUGUGAUAAGAAAUGUGAAAGACUACUUCACUGCGGGAUCUCUUCACCCUGAAGAGCAAAAACUGAUCAGUAACUUCAGAAAGGUUUGCAUGUUUUUGAUAGCUAUUGAUCGAAGAUUAAACGCAAGACCUACUUCUCAGACCUGUUAUAUCACAACGCUUAUGGUCGCACCUGAGUAUAGAAAGAUCGGCAUUGGUACUCAGUUAUUGCAACGUGCCAGUACAGUACUAUUACAAGAAGGCAGUCAAUAUAUCUACAUGUACUACACACAAAUCUGGCCGCAAUUCGCCUUUAUGAGAAAAUGGGAUAUGAAAGAGUUGCGGAAAUUCAAAAUUACUAUACGAUCAAUGGCGUACAAGAUACCGGCGUUGUCUACUGUCGACGUCUGGCUACCGCAGGAUGUCAGCAGUGCCUGGGGAGCGGAGGCUGUACGAUAUCAUGAUCAAGAACCAAGAACGAUAAGAAAUCUGCUGAACUACUACCUAUUAUCAAUUAUUCAUAUCAGCGAAUUUACCGCCGUCGCAUUUUCCUUGCCGGUCACAUUUCUACACAACUGUUGUCUAAGGCGAAGCACCAUAUUUCAUCCAAAUCUCAUCCGAAUAGCACAGGUUUACCUUAGCGGUAACUACUUUGCUGUUGUUUCACGCCUGGUUAUGCAUCUAUACCAAGUCGGAGUAUUUCAUUUUGAUGUUUACUUUAAAUCGCACUCUUCCAAAAUACUACUGUUUACCGCGUCGAUAAUUCGAUCAUACUUCUUUCUGUCAUCAUUGAUUUUCAUGGCCGAAGUGAUAGUCGAGCGAACUUUUGCGCUUUACUUCGUAACUGAUUACGAGAAAAAACCUCGCUUAUGGAUUUCGACUGGUAUUUUUAGCUCACGUUGA